GUCUCUCUAUCUGCUCUGUAACAAAUGAAGAUGAAAAUGCUAAGCAGCAGCGUAAGCCAACAGAAGUAUUUCCAUGUGAAAAUCAGGAUGGGAAUUCAAGGAUGUCUCCAUUUAGGAGCAGACUAUUCACAAAGAGGUCAAGAAACUCUUCCCCAGUGAAACUUCAAAUAAAACUUCAAGAUUCUGAUGAUGAAUGUGAUCUUGUCAUUGAUGUGCCACCACAAGCUGUUAAUAAAAAGCCAAGAAUAAGUAGGAACUAUAGAAACAGGAACAGGGACAAAGAACUGGCUGCUGUAAUAUGUGCAGAAAAAUUACAUGAUAGUGCUAUAGCAGACAUUCUUGGGUGUACAGAAGAAAAAUCAGAGAAAAUUAUCACUUUGUGGAAGAAUGGCAAAGGUUUAAAUAAAUCUGAAGAACUAGGCAAUGUUUCUCCGAAGGCAAAUGAGAUUUAUUUGCCUGAUGUAAACACUGAUAUAUUGAAGGUUUUCGAGGAAAGAGAUGCACUUGCUUAUACUGAGGAGAAGUGUGUAUCUUCAGCUGCUUCUAUUGAGGCAGACGUGCAGAAGGGAAUUUUGAAGCAAGGAAAUGCAGAAGCCAAUAUAUUCGUCGAAGCAUUUGUUCGGGAGCAUGCUACUGAUGAAGACACUGUGAGCAGAAGAAGAGUAACACGGACUGUCUUGUGUACUGGUCAUUCGUCAAAAGAUGAAACCACAAUUGAAAGACCUUAUAAGGAAAUAAUAAAUACAGAGGAAAGCCAGAGCAUAGAAGAAAAUGGGGGUAAUGAUAGCCCAGAAGAUACAUACCCAUAUCCAACUUACUAUGUAAAUAAGAAAGAAAGUGAAAUAACUCUGCUGAGUUCAUCUGCUGAGGAAGCGGAACCCAGUGGGGAGGACACAGAGCUCUCUGAAUCAGAUGAUCCUUUAGAGGAGUGUCGGAGAAUUUUUGAUGAGUUUGAAAGAGAAGCACAAAAGAAGGAUGAUGAUAAGCAGGCCCUUGGAGGAAAUGUAGAUCUCAAUUUAUUAGAAACCAAAGUAAAUGUUCCUGGACAAAAGAGAAGAGUUGCACACAUGGCAAAAUUUUAUGUACAUAAAAAUGAAACAGUGCCUUUCAAAGCAUCUUCUUGGCAGCAGGGUCAUGAUGCAGAAAUUCAGCAGGCAAACUGGGAGGCAAUGGAGUUUGCAGCUGCAGUUGCAAGGGGACAAGCUUUUAUUGCUACAACUUCUGAACAGAAGAAAACUACGUAUGGAUUGUCAGCCACUCAAUUUCAAAGCAUUGCACCAAUGGCCUCCUUAAAUUUACUUGAAGUUCAGCCCAUUGAAAACAGCAGUGGUCAACUGCAUAUACUACUGGACGGGAAUGUUGCAACAGCAGUGCCCUGUGGACUUUCUAUUAGUUCAUUUGAAAGGACUACUCUUGUGCCAUGCAAGGUUUCUACUCAGAAAAGGCCUUGCAUUCCAGAAUCAGGGUCCAAAGUACCACUUGAGACAAGACAGCGAUAUGUCAGGUUUUUUUUUGCAGAAUGCUUCAAAUUUUGUGGCACAGUGAACGAAGCUAUUGACAAGGCCCUGAGAGAAGAGCAAUCUGUUUAUGAUCGUUGUGGCAGUAAAAAAAUGUACCUGAAUUUUGCUGUGAAGACUCUCAAAAAGCUGAGAGAUCAUGGGCAACUUAGCAACAGCAGAUCUUGCAGUGGCUCUGGAUCCAUAAAGUUAGAGGAAGAGAAAGCAUUUACAGGUGGUGCUCUAUAUGAACUUUUAAAAGACUAUCUUCUGACUGAGGAACAAUUGAAUGAAAAUAACUUCCCUCGACCAAAUCCUGAAAAAAAUGGUAGUGCUAUACUUACUGGGGUUGUAAAAAAUGCUGGAUAUGAUGCUUUCAAAAGAGUGUGCUGUAGGUGUGGCGAAGUGUAUGCUGUUACUUCUUCAGGAGAACAUAGACGUAAAGAAGAAUGCAACUAUCAUUCUGGUAGAGUAUUGGAACAAAAAGUUCCUGGUGGCAUGGAAAAACGCUAUAGCUGUUGUGAGAGAAUAGUUGGGUCUGCUGGAUGUCAGAUUGCCAAGCUUCACGUUCAUGAUGGAAGAAGGGAGAAAUUAGAAGGCUUCGUGAAGACAUUAGUUAAAUCACCGCCUUUUGAUGGAAACUAUGGUGUAUAUGCUCUGGACUGCGAGAUGUGUUACACAACCCACGGCUUGGAACUAACUAGAGUGACAGUGGUCGAUGCUAAGCUACAGGUUGUCUAUGAUACGUUUGUUAAACAAGAUGGUAAAGUUGUAGACUACGAUAUAAGACUCUCUAGAGCAACAAAGGAUGAUCUGAAGAAUACCACAACAUCUCUUCGGGAUGUACAGGCAAUACUGCUAAACUUGUUCAGUGCAGAUACAAUUUUAAUUGGACACAACUUAGAAAAUGACUUGUUUGCUCUCAAGCUAAUUCAUGACACAGUAGUGGACACAUCAAUAGUGUUUCCUCAUCGGCUAGGUUUGCCUCACAAAAGAGCACUUAGAAGUCUGAUGGCUGACUACCUCAGGAGAAUUCGUCAAGAUGAUGUUGAUGGUCAUAAUUCCAGGGAAGAUGCAAUUGCUUGUAUGGAACUAAUCCUUUGGAAGGUCAAGGAGGACAAUAAAAGGAGAAAAUGGUGA